UUAUUACAAAUUUUUGGCUGCCAGUGUAUAUAUUAUGCACUCCAGUGUUCUUCUAAACAUGCGAUGAUAUUGAUUCCUGGUAUAUGUACAAUGGUAUUAAUAGUAUUAUCAUAUCACAUCCAAAGUUUUAAUACCGUCUUACUUGUCAUCUUGUACUUCAGCCUAGCCACAUUGUAAUUGUGCUUUCUUUUAAAAUACAUUCAUAGAUGAUUUGUUUUAACACAAGCUCUGUUUUUCUAUCUUUUCCCAUAUGCACCCUCUACUUGGAUCAUCUUGCAGCAGGGGUCAGCCAAAGACCUUCGCCUAUGACUACUGUUUUUGGUCGAUGGAUGAGUCGGAAACGGAGAAGUUUGCUGGCCAAGAUGUAGUGUUUCAGUGCCUUGGCGAGAGUCUUUUGCACAAUGCCUUUCAGGGUUACAACGCCUGUAUUUUUGCAUAUGGGCAGACUGGCUCGGGGAAGUCGUACACCAUGAUGGGUUCGGUGGACCAGCCUGGUCUGAUCCCCAGACUCUGCAGUUCUUUGUUUGAGCGGACCGUGCAACACCAGCGAGAGGAAGAGAGCUUCACCGUGGAAGUCUCUUAUAUGGAAAUCUACAACGAGAAAGUUCGGGACCUCUUGGACCCCAAAGGGAGUCGGCAGGCCUUGAGAGUGAGAGAACAUAAAGUUUUGGGGCCUUAUGUCGAUGGUCUAUCAAGGCUUGCGGUAGAAAGUUACAAGGACAUUGAGUCCUUGAUGUCUGAGGGAAAUAAAUCCCGCACUGUGGCGGCCACCAAUAUGAAUGAGGAGAGCAGUCGCUCCCAUGCAGUUUUCAAUAUCAUCCUCACGCACACACUGAAGGACCUUCAGUCGGGGACAAGUGGUGAAAAGGUUAGUAAGCUGAGUUUGGUGGACCUGGCAGGAAGUGAGAGAGCUGCAAAGACAGGCGCUGCAGGCGAGCGGCUCAAGGAAGGCAGCAACAUUAACAAGUCUUUAACCACUCUGGGUUUGGUGAUCUCAGCUCUGGCAGAGCAGGGUGCUGGAAAGAACAAGAACAAGUUUGUGCCCUACAGAGAUUCGGUGCUGACAUGGCUGCUCAAGGACAGUCUGGGUGGAAACAGUCGGACUGCUAUGGUUGCCACUGUAAGUCCUGCGGCAGAUAAUUAUGAUGAGACGCUGUCAACGUUACGCUAUGCAGACCGAGCAAAGAGCAUCGUCAACCACGCCGUGGUCAACGAAGACCCCAAUGCCAGGAUUAUCCGGGAACUCCGAGAGGAGGUGGAGAAACUGCGAGAUCAGCUGACGCAGGCUGAGUCUAUGAAGGCACCAGAUCUGAAGGAGAGACUGGAGGAAUCUGAAAAAUUGAUACAGGAGAUGACAGUCACCUGGGAAGAGAAGCUGAGGAAGACUGAGGAAAUUGCACAAGAGAGACAAAAACAGCUGGAGAGUCUUGGCAUCUCUCUGCAGUCAUCUGGUAUCAAGGUUGGAGAAGAUAAGUGCUUCCUGAUCAACCUCAACGCCGACCCUGCCCUUAAUGAACUAUUGGUUUAUUAUCUAAAGGAACACACUAAGGUUGGAUCAGCAGAUUCACAGGACAUCCAGCUAUGUGGAAUGGGUAUCCAAGCAGAACAUUGUGUCAUUAACAUCACACCUGAGGGAGCUGUCUUUCUCAACCCUUACAGAAACUCGAGAACAUGUGUGAACGGAUCUCCAGUCACCAGCCGGCAACAACUUCACCAUGGUGACCGUAUUCUUUGGGGAAACAAUCACUUCUUCAGAAUAAACCUACCAAAGCGGCGCUUGCGGGGUGAGGAAGAGGAGGGUGAGGGCGGGAACAUGAAGAACAGUAACAGCAGUGAGCAGCUGGAUGGAGAGGGCGACACGGCCAGCGAGGUGUCCAGUGAGGUCAGCUUCAGCUACGAGUUUGCUCAGACUGAAGUCAUGAUGAAAGCUCUGGGCAGCAACGACCCCAUGCAGGCUGUAUUGCAGUCUCUGGAGCGCCAACAUGAGGAGGAGAAGCGGACCGCUCUUGAGCAUCAGCGGCUGAUGUACGAGCAGGAGCUGCAGCAGCUGCGUAGACAGCUGACUCCAGACAGACAGAGCAUGCAGAUACCGCAGUCGCAGCCUUUGCAGCCGCACUACCGCAGCUGGGAGAGACUGAGCCAGGGAGGAAUGUCAUCAUCACCCAGCGCCCAGCACCGCCUGCGCCAGUGGAGCGAGGAGAGGGAGGUGGUGCUGACGCGGAGCUUGAGGAAACUGAGGGAGCAGAUUGUAAGGGCUAAUCUGUUAGUGCAGGAGGCGAACUUCAUCGCUGAAGAGCUGGACAAGAGAACCGAGUACAGAGUAACUCUACAGAUCCCUGCUGCAAACCUUAAUGCCAACAGAAAGCGAGAUGCUGUAUUGAGCGAACCUGCCAUUCAAGUGAGGAGGAAAGGCAAAGGGAAGCAAAUAUGGGCCCUUGAGAAGAUGGAAAACCGGCUAGUGGACAUGAGAGAGCUUUAUCAGGAGUGGAAGGACUUUGAUGAGGACAACCCUGUGAUGUGCUCGUACUUCAAGAGAGCCGACCCUUUCUUCGAUGAGCAGGUGAACCACAGUUUAAUUGGUGUGGCCAACGUUUUCCUCUCCUGCCUGUUCUAUGACGUAAAGCUACAAUAUGCGGUUCCCAUCAUCAAUCAGAAAGGAGAGGUUGUCGGGCGGCUGCACGUGGAGGUGAUGAGAAUGGGCGGAGGGUUUGAUGACAGUGUAGCCGGAGGAGAUGACAGUGAUGGAAGCCCAGACGGCGAUGUACAGGAACGCAAACUGGUCUAUAUGAUUAAGAUCCUGCAGGCUAAUGGUCUCCCGCAGUACCUUUCCAAUUUUGUCUUCUGUCAGUACUCUUUCUGGGACCAAGCAGAGCCUAUUAUUGUUGCUCCAGAAGUGGAUCCCUCUGCCUCCUUCUCCAGCAGCAAAGACCCCCACUGCAUGGUGGUGUUUGACAGCUGUAAGGAGCAUGCUGUGACUGUAACAGAGGAAUUUAUCGAGUAUUUAACAGAGGGUGCCGUAGCCAUCGAGGUAUACGGACACAGGCAGGCUGAUCCAGGCAGGAACCCCGCGCUGUGGGACCUCAGCAUCAUCCAGGCCAAAACACGCACUUUACGUGACAGGUGGAGCGAGGUAACACGCAAGUUGGAGAUGUGGGUGCAGAUUCUGGAGCUGAAUGAGAACGGAGAGUACAUGCCCGUGGAGGUGGUGCCAGCACGAGAUGUUCGCACGGGGGGCAUCUUCCAGCUUAAACAGGGCCAGUCUCGGCGGAUUCAGGUGGAGGUACGUUCAGUGCAGGACUCCGGCACAAUGCCUUUGAUAGCAGAGAUUAUUCUGGGAGUGUCCAUCGGCUGUGUGGAGAUCAGGCAGGUGCAGAUGACUAAAAACAAUGAGCCACAAGAGCUUGAGGGCGAUGAAAUGGACAGUUAUCAGGAGCAAGAUUUGGAGCGUCUGCGACAUCAGUGGCUCACUGCUCUCACUAAGAGGCAAGAGUAUCUGGACCAACAUCUUCAGACUUUGGUCAGCAAAACAGAUAAGUCUGAGGAUGAUGUGGAGCGGGAGGCCCAGCUGCUGGAGUGGCGUCUGACACUUACAGAAGAGAGAAAUGCAGUGAUGGUGCCCUCUGCUGGCAGUGGAAUACCAGGAGCUCCUGCUGAGUGGGUACCAGUGCCUGGGAUGGAAACUCACAUUCCAGUGCUCUUCCUCGACCUGAGCGCUUACGACUUCAGCUCUCAGGAAAACCUAGACGUUCCCGAGGCGGGCGGCUGGGACGCCAUGCUUAUUUCUGAAGACGAGGAUGAAUUUUUUGACCUUCAGAUUGUCAAACACUAUGAUGGAGAGGUGAAAGCCGAAGCUUCUUGGGACUCCACGGUUCAUGAAUGUCCACAGCUGAGUCGAGGUGCUGCUCCAGAUCAGAGAGUAUACUUGAUUGUCCGCACCAUGGUGCAGCUCAGCCACCCUGCAGAGAUGCAGCUAGUCCUGCGCAAACGCAUCUGUGUGAACCUCACUGGACGACAGGGUUUUGCUCAAAAUUUCUUGAGGAGAAUGUCCACCAGGAGCACUAUUCCUGGCUGUGGUGUGACCUUUGAAGUCGUCUCCAACAUCCCAGGGCAGGACAGCCAGAGCUCAGAGGACAGGGAGAUGCUGGCCCGUGUAGCCGCCAGCACUGAGAACCCUAAAUCCUCAGACAGUGAAGCUGCCAUAGAGAAGUACCUGCGGAGCGUCCUGGCUGUGGAGAACAUCCUCACACUGGACCGUCUGAGACAGGAGGUGGCAGUGAAGGAGCAUUUGGCAGGUAAAGGCAAGGGCAGCAGACGCAGUCUCAGCUCUCCAAGUGUGCACCGGUUAUCUGGAAGCAGACAGGAUCUGUCACUAAACUCAGUGCUGGAUGACAACAAGUGUAAGAAUCGAUGGGAGAGUCAGCAGGAUAUCUUUGCAACAUCCUCUCAGUUCAGCAAAACACUGCCACGACCAUCCAGACCUCCUACACCACCUACACAGAAUCAGGACCCCGAGCAAGGUUUUUCAGGGCUUGCUGCUGCUUAUAUCUCCCCAGUCAAGGCCCUGGUUCCUCAGAUGCCCAAGCUGCUCAAGUCCCUGUUCCCUGUGCGGGAUGACAAGAAAGAUUUGAGACCCUCUCCACACUCCCAACAGCAUAUGCCACGAAUAAUGAUGCAAACAGCUAACAACCCUGAUGAAGGAAGAGUAAGAAUAGAACCGGUUGCAGUAAUGGGGAAGAGUCCUGCUUCAGACAGACACUCAGAUGGGUGUCCUGAUGCCCUGUCCUCUAUGCAUGAUCUGCCCCUGAGCCCCAUCAGCGAGGCCUCCAGUGGCUAUUUUUCUACUAGUGUCUCCACUGCCACCCUUUCCGACGUCUCCAUAGCUUGCGGGGACCCCACCCCUACUCCCAGUUCCCAAGCGGGUCCCGUAGCAUCCAGGCAGAACAACGAAGACUGUCUACCGACCCCUGUUAAUGCCUCUGUUGCUCCUGUAGAAGCUGGGCUAAGAUCUGACAGGCCUAGAAAAGAGGAAGAUACCCAGGCGGCCCACAGGAAUGGUAUCACCACUUCUCAGCAGGAAGCACAGCUAAAUGCAACCCCUCCCCUGGUGUUGAGUACCUCCACAGACAGCCCUUUCUCCCUCCAGAAGGUCAAAGCCAAUGAACUCAGGUCUUUCAGUAACAUUCUCGGAGAUGGAAAAGCAACCACAAUGCAAGUGCAACAAACGAACAGCCUGGAAAAGCUAGAGAUAACCUUUGAGGAUGUGGAACCCGGGGAACUUGCUUGGCUCAAGGUGGGAGGGCGAGUCACUGUUGGAUCCAGCAAGUCCGGCACAGUCCGCUACAUCGGCCCAACACACUUCUCAGAAGGCAUCUGGGUCGGGGUCGAGUUGGACACUCCCUCAGGUAAGAAUGAUGGUUCUGUCGAGGGCCACCAGUACUUCCGAUGCAACCCUUGUUACGGGGUGCUAGUCCGUCCAGAUCGACUGACUCGACGGGAAGCUUCCAAAAGGCACACUGAAAAUCGCCGCAGUGGGGAGUUCAGUCAGCAACUGAGGGGAGGAGCCGGCACUGCCAUUCAGAAAGGAGAGAAUCGCAAAUCCUGGACCAGCUAAUUGACAAUGAGCUGAGCAGGACAGAACCUCCGCUUCAAACAUCUGAAUCUAACUGAGGAGGUCAACUCCGUCCAUCACUGUGCUUGGGCUAAUGGAGCAUUCAGAUACCCAACUUUGCAAGGAGGCGGUACAACAUUCCCUUACGAGCCUCUCUGUCAGUUCCGGUGCUAUGCUAAUGUGUAGCAUGUGGGAGUGCUAUCAAUUUUUAACAUGCUACUUCAGUUGUGUUCCUUGAGAUUUGUUUGCUUGUUUGGUAACUCAAGCAAGUCUCCUUGAGUCGACCGUAAUGAAUCUUCCGGGUCUUUGAGAUAAAUCCAUCAUUUUUGUUUGUGCCCUGGUUUUAUCAAGAGUCCAUUUUUGGACUUGAUACUACAAAUGAUGCUUGAUUUAUCUUCUCUGCACAGUCAGUAAACGAUUUUUAGUUUCCUGAAUAUGCCUUUUAAGUCGACCCAUUUCUUGUUUGUCAUCCCUCAUUGCACCUUCGUAGCACUAGUUAGAAUGUGGUAAAUGGUAUGGUAGACAUGUAAGAGAUUAUCUCAGGGAUCCGAUCAGAGUCAUUGGAUAUACCCAGUUGGGUUUUCAGCUGUAAGCCACUAUCAAAUCUGGCUUUUCAUGGAGUGAAGGGGGUUGCAUGUAUUUUGCGAUAAGUGCCGUCUUGAGCAGGUCAAUGCAGGUUUCUGAUGCAAGUUUCUUCAUGUCGUGAAGUACUAUUAUUACUUUACCAGUGAUUGGACGACUAAAUCCACAAGAUGGGAUGUUUUAUUUGGUUUGGUGUCAUUGGAAGACUUGCUUAUCAGUAUUUUAGGAGGAAACGGCCUGCUUGGUGUGUAUCCUUAAUUGCAUGUGGGGAAUUUUUAGACUUGACUGAAAUGGCACAUUCAGGCUUAAUUGACUGGCUUAAUUAGGUUCUCUCUUAAUGGUUUUGAUGAUUGGACUGGAAAAAAAGUAUUUUAGAGUGGCUUAUUUACAAUCUGAUGGGUUGGGGCACAUUUUAGUAAGCAGCCUUUUAUUUGGACUUGGGUUAUUGAAACUACUUUAACCUCAAAUAACUUUGUGCUGCAAUUUAGUGACAAUUUAAAGUAGCUCAGUUUGGUUGGUUUCUGAAGGACUGUCUUCCACAAGAAGGUCACCGUAAAAGCACAUUCCAGUUUUGUGUAUCGGACCAAUUACUGGCAAUACCUUCAUCUUAUUUAUUCAAAUGAAAAGAUCUAUAAGUGAUUUCAUUAAAUGUUUUUUAACAUAUUGUAUGGGCAAAGUGGUCACAAUUAUAUAGUUUUUUUUAAUAAGGAGCAUGAUUCCAUGCAGAUAUGAUACUUGUUCACAUCAUGAUGGAGAGAUUUAAUUCCUUUUAUAUUCUAUUCAUGGAAAUCAUCAUGUGAUUUCUGAAGUCUAAUACAAUAUCAAAUUAUUAAAAUAUAUUUUAAUGGUUGUAGUUAUGUAAAUUGAAUUUAUAAAGUGUAAAAAUCCUAUGAAUGGAAAAUUAAUUUGCACAUUUGAUUUAUAGUAGAUAGCUUAUGUGCCCAAAGGGUGCUUAGUUUUGUUGUAAAUUAAGUAAACUAACCGAUGAUCCACUGUAAAUCUGCUUUCACUGGAUUUGGUGCUCAAAAGUCAAAAACAUUUCGAAAUUUCCGUCUGAGAAAAGAUGCAUUUCUCCACAGUUUUAUGUUGCCUUUAAUUUUUCCUGUUUUUGUUCAGUCAAAAAAUUGGAUUAACAUCUUCCCAUUUUUAAAAAAAAAAUGUAUCUUGAUCUGUGCCUCGUUCAUAAUGAGAGAAAAAAACCGCACACAUGGAGCAAGUCUUUUUUGCUGUGAUUAGCAACAAAGGCUUCAGGUGAUAGGAUUUUAAGACCUGCUGGGUCACAUUAGAACAGAUUGAUUGCCUUUAGAAUGACAAGUCUCAGCUAAGUUUAUUUUAAUACAUUUGUUGUAGCAAUAACGUUAAAAUUGCUGGUAGGGAUUUGAUAGUUAAUUUGUUUGAACCUAAUGUGUUACUAGAAAGGGGAAAUGAACUUACAGAAGACUUUUUCAGUAAGCUGAUCUCCAUGGCCCAACAUUUCAAUCACAGAUGCUUUUAACUAGAUGUGUACUAGAUGUUUAUUUUGUUUUCAAGUGCAAUUGACCAUUUUUCUUCAUCAUUAAUACGGUUGAAUGCACCCUACAUUCAUUCUGUUCAACAUCAGCAGGUCUUCAGUAGCAGAAAUGACACCUUGAUCUGUCAUAAAUGACAUAGAGCCAUAUCUGAGCAACCACACAGUGGCCUUUUGAAGUCAAAUACUAAAUACAGGUGUGGAGACUCGUGCUUUCCUCCAGUUUGAAAUCCUUCCCGUUAAGGGCAUCAGGAGAAAGAGGUUUUGAAGGAAGCUUUGGGCCCUGCUGUUUACACAGAUGUCAGACAAAGCUCUUGGCAGGAAGUUGCUGCUCUACUUCUGCAGUUUUUUUGGUUUUGUUUCUCCCUGACUUUUUUUUGAGCAGUUUCACUACUAGUCUGUGCCUCGUCCUGAUGAUUUUAUGAAAGUUGUCCUGAAUAUGGAGCGUUUGAACCCAGAGUAUACGUGUGUGUGUGUGUUUUGUAUAUACUGUAGUUGCAUCUUGAGAGUUCAAUCUGAGCACAAGGCUGGGUUUGAGUAAUUUAUCUGCAAUUCUAUGCUGAUAUCCAAAGAAUAAUCAUGUAUAAUAAUUCAUUUAUAAUUUCUUUUAUAUUGACUGUACAAUAAUCUGGCUGUAAAGAAAAAAAAUAAAAAGUG